AUGACUAAGAUGGUGUGUCCAACAACAGACACCACGAUGAAUAUCGAAGGACAAUUUGUCACCAUGAAACCCGAUUUCGUACAUAGAACUCGUUCAGUCAUUCAGGGGCUGGAAACAUUACGUCAAGAACAUACACUACUGAUUAAUUCAACAAAAACAAAAUCAUCAGAUGAUUUACAGAAGAAUAAUGUAAAACAUUCCCGAUUGAAACAAUCGUUGGAGUUAGUUGAUUUGGGAAUUGGUGAAGCUCGUGUCAUGGUGGAGCUGAAUAAUCAUUUGCAAAAUCUCGAAUCUGAUGCACGAAAGUUACUUUUACAAGUACAACGUCUUAGUCAAGAGAACAGUUGGUUACGAGAUGAACUAUCAUCAACUGAAAAACGUUUUCAAGGAAGUAAAUCAACAAAACUUGAAUUAGAACAAGAAAUCAAAGAACUAAACGAAUCGAUCAUUAAAUUACCUUCACUACCAUCUACAAUCACGAUCGACGAUAAAGAUUUUGAUCUAAAUUCGAGUUCGAGAAUAGAUGAUUCUUUGUCUUUACAAAAAGAAACUACAGACGAUUAUGAAACUUCUCAAGCAACAACUAUGAAACGUUUCGGUUCGUAUUCGGACGAGUUUGGUAUGAGUCAUAUGAACUCAACACUUCAUGAAACGUCGGCUCGAUUUCGUACAAUACACAAUUUAGUGAUUCAAUAUGCAUCAGCUGGUCGAUAUGAAGUGGCCGUGCCACUAUGUCGACAAGCUCUUGAAGACAUUGCAAAAGUACACGGACCCGAUCAUCAGGAUAGAGCUGCAAUGUUAAACAUUUUGGCACUCGUUUACCGCGAACAAAAUAAGUUCAAAGAGGCCUUAAUUUUGCUAGAAGAGGCAUUGGCUAUUAGAGAAAAAGUAUUGGGACCCGAAGAUCCAGCAGUAGCGGCUACACUCAACAAUCUCGCAGUUUUAUAUGGAAAACAGGAUCUCUAUAAAGACGCGGAACCAUUGUGUAAACGAGCAUUGGAAAUACGUGAAAAAGCAUUCGGCCGUGAUCAUCCGGUUGUUGCUAAACAAUUGACUAAUCUUGCGCUGUUAUGUCUUAAACAAGGUAAAUAUAGCAUGGUUGAAAUGUACUAUACACGUGCGAUUGACAUUUAUUCAAAACACUAUGGAAAUAAUGAUCCGAAUGUGGCUAAAACAAAAAAUAAUUUAGCAAGCCUCUAUUUGAGAGAAGGCAAAUAUAAAGCAGCCGCACAAUUGUACAAAGAAGUGCUUGCCGAUAUACAGUUGUCUAAUGCCAAUCAAAAAUUAACUCAAAAACCUCUAGCUCAUAGUCAAACGGAACGAAAUUCUCUUGAACAGACUACAGUGACAAUGAUGUUGAAAAAUUUAGGAGCAAUAUAUAGGCGUCAAGGUUUUUUCAAUCAUGCCGAUAUAUUGGAAGCGUGUGCCGUUCGAGCACAAGAUGACCCACAAGCCAUUACAAAUGCACUCGAUGUUAUUCAACAAACACGAAUUAGUGAUGAAUUACAUCAUAACGAUUCAUCACGACGAAAUCGGACACAACCACCAGUAUCGGGUGGAGAGCAACGAUUACAUAGAAGUGGAUCAUUUCAAAAAUUAAGAGCAUCAAUUAAACGUGGAAGUGAAAAACUGGUUCAAAAACUACGCGGAACAAGCGACGAUAAUAGUAGUAUAAAACGUUCUUCAUCCAUGUCGGUUUUAAAUACGCCGCCGCCGCCACCACCACCUCCACAACAUCCCCUCAAAGCUAAGCCUAAUUUUAAUAAGCAGGCCUCUGUACAAAUACAGAAUAAACCGCCGAUUGUUCAAGCACAAUUUUCUGAAGGAAGAGUUGGUAGCACAGAAAAUCUACAUUAA